CCUUUCUCUUUCUCUAAGCCUACGUCCACAUAUACAAACGGAUUUUAUCCCACCAUCUUUCCAGGAUACAGUAUCAUCAUUGGAAAGGAAGAGUGUAACUACAGGUUUCAAUCCAGUCUAAUCUGUGCAAUUGUCAUCCGUGAUGUGGGAACUCCGCUCUGUGGCCUUCACUCGAGCUAUCCUUGCUGAAUUCCUAGCCACGCUCCUCUUUGUCUUCUUCGGCCUGGGCUCAGCUCUGAACUGGCCUGCUUCCCCACCAAAUGUCCUCCAGAUCUCCUUCGCAUUUGGCUUGGCCAUUGGUACCUUGGUUCAAGCGGUGGGUCAUGUCAGCGGAGCCCAUAUUAACCCUGCAGUGACCAUGGCCUGCCUGGUGGGUUCUCAAGUCUCUUUCCUCAGGGCCAUCUUCUACAUAGUGGCACAGAUCCUAGGAGCUGUGACGGGGGCUGCCCUCCUGCAUCAAAUCACGCCGCCUCAUAUUCGGGGCAGCUUGGCCAUCAACAGGAUCUACUACACUGGUUGUUCCAUGAAUCCUGCUAGAUCUUUUGCCCCUGCCGUGAUUCUUGGUGAAUUUGACCACCAUUGGGUCUUCUGGCUGGGGCCCAUGGUUGGAGCAGUGGUGGCUUCCUUGCUCUACAAUUAUGCUUUCUUCCCUCACAGAAAGUCUCUGUCAGAGAGGCUAGCAAUCUUCAAAGGCUAUGAGCCAGAAGAGGACUGGGAAGAGCGUGAAGUUCGCAGGAGGCAAUCAAUGGAGCUGCACUCUCCCCAGAGUUUGCCACGGGGAGUGAUGGAAAAAGUCUAAAGAGCCUGAGAGCCAGUAGAAGGAGCAGGUCAUAGCCAACCAUGUUUUUCUGAGCCAAAUAUGCAUCCAUAUAUGCUAGAAAUACAAAGUGUGUAUUAAGCUCUUCCUGGGUCAGAGUGGCUGUUCAUCUGUUAUGGACAUCCAAGUGUGUAUCCUAUUUCUCCUCAAUUUGCUCUCCAGGAUGUUGAUCUAGAUCAAAAGGAGCACCUAGCAUCUGUUUGUAUACGCUGAUGAAAGAAUUCACUGGUUUCUUCCCCCCCCCCCCCUCUGGUUCAAGCUAGCUAAAUUUCACACAAGUUUUCUUGCAUGGAGAAUUCUAGAAAUUAUUUAUCUCCUACCCUCCCCCCAUCUCUAUCUAAUUUGGGUAUGUUGUCCCCUCCAGGUACUACAAUUGCAGGUUUUGGGGGCAACAAUGGUAUCCAGAAUGAUGGCCAGGAAAAUUAGGGAAGCAAGAAACAAUAGUCUCCUAGGUCUUGUAAACAGAUUGCACUCUCAUUAUUUACUUCAAAGCAUGCAAGCUUAUGUAGUAGUUUUAGGUUGCCAUCCUAAAUAUACUCCCUAAAGAGGGAAGACCAUGGAAUAAAAUAGGAUUUGAGUAAGCAUGUAUAGGAUUAUUCUGCCCAUCACAUAAACAGCAACCAUAUCAUUUUACUCCUCACCCAGUUUCUCACAGUGUACACAUUGGUUUCCUUCUCUAUGAUUUUAUAUACUUUAUUAAAAUACUAUAGAAUACUUAUGCUGAAUUCAGCAGCAUAAGAGUUAGAUCAAACAAAGAUUGGAGAUCUUGAGAUCAGAUCUAUUUGUUACAGCCACAUUCAUUUUUAAAAAAAAAAAAUCAAAGGUGAUUGUAACAAACAUCCUAUACCAGUGAUGGCUAACCUUUUUCUUAUGGCGUGCCAAAAUUGUGCCCAUGCGCACUGUUGCACACAUGCGUGUUUCCACUCAAUCUCCCCACUCACCUGCCCAUGUGCCUGCCCCCCCACUGGCCAUUCAUGUGCAACCCCCUCCCCAGGCUUCAGAGACUUUCCUGAAGCCUGAGGAGAGCGAAAACAUCCUCCCCCAGCCCUCCCCCAGAGACCCACGGAAACAAAUAAUUUCCAAGCUUCCUGUUGGCCCUAUGGUGCCAUUUUUCGCCCUCCCCAGUCUCUGGAGGCUUUCCUGAAGCCUGGGAAUGGUGCGUGCCAGAGCUGACGUGUCACUAAAUAUAGGUUCCAUAGGCACCAUAGGUUCACCAUCAUGGUGUUAUACAGUAUAUCAUUGUGGAUUUAUUUUUUUCUCCAGGCUUUCUUAAAUUACAACUUCAUUAAUGCUUUCAGAUGGUGGGAGGGCAUCUAUCUGCAAAAUCAAAGAGAAGAAACAAGCCCUGGCUAAAUUGGGCUUUGGCCACCUUCCCAACUAUAUUGUUCUAUAGAAAGCAAUUUGUGAGUUCAUCUUAAAUGGUUUAAUUAUUGGGCAAAAUUUGUUUUCCAUUACUGUACCUUUUGUAUUCAUUUUGCAAAGCUUGAAGUAUG